ACAGUUAGUCCUCCGCCCACAACCUGGGCGUCAGUUCAUUCUGUCGCGAUCCCUUCAUCCGCACAAAACAAAACAUUACUCGUUGACUACAGUACUCAUGUCAUCUAGUUCUAAUAAAAUUAUUUAUAUUUUUUGUGUAUCGUAGGUUACUAUAAAAAUGCAUUCCGGGACUUUGGAAAGAAUGGGGUCGCCGAUAAAAAGGACGCUUUCUCGGGGAGUGAGUGAGGACGAGUCACUUCGCAACAUUAUCAAAGAGGCUACAGUCGAGAAGAUUCAUCCUCGAGCGUUACAACGGAGUGUUCGGCCAGGCGUCUGACACGCAGUGAGAGCAGAGGGGGGACCCUCAACAGGAGAAGUGGGAGUCAGCAGUCUGAGGAUCAGGAACUAAUGAUGGAACUCCCUGAGAUGCUUGAUCUGCAGGCGAGCUACGACGACGUGUUGCGAGAGCUCCGUGGGCUGGAGCUGCAGCGGGAGACUGUGUUGUUCCAGGUGGACGUUCUGCACGAUGCCCUAGAGGGGGCCGAGGAGAUGCUGGCCGAGGCUCAGAGAGAGGCCAGCCAUGCCACCAUGGAGUUGGCGCAAGAGAGAGAAGCCAAGAGGAAGUUGGAGGACAUGGUCAGCUCUCUGAUGCAGGAGGUGGAGAGGCUAAAAGAGGAGAGGAAGACCAUUCCAGAAGUACCAGUGUACACACUCGUCAAGGAGCAGGAGAUGGAGGAGGAGAUGGCUAGACAACAAGCACAAGAGAAUAAAAAAAAUAAAAUAGCACAGGAACAAGUCAGUGACACACCAGGGGAUGAGGACAAUUCUACCAAAGAUGCGCCUCUCUCUAUUAUCCAAUUGGACAGUGAGAGCCCCGGGCCCAACAACAAACUAACAUUGGAGACCAGCGCUGGAGGGCUGCUCGCCGCCUCCUUCAAAAAGGAGAGGGAGGAGCUGCCCUCUGACAGUCCAAACCGGCCCCUUCCUCUCCACGUCGCCCGGCUGUGGUCCUCUGUGGACUCUGAGGACAUAGAAGAAGGGGCAGAGGACAGCUUCACCAAGUUCACUAAGAUGGUCAACAAGACCUUGGGACCGUUGAUGCUGGGUAGCCAGACCCCAGGGAACAGUCAGGAGGAGAACAGGCGUGACAUCUUUCCACAUAGGAACAACGACACCGACAGCAUCAGCGCCUAUGAGGAUGCCUGCGCUGACACGCCCGAGCUGGAUGAGGGAGACGGGCCAAGGCUGCCCCAUGAUGAAGGAUCCCCGGUGGAUGAUGAUGAGGGAGAGCCGUCGAAUGGCAACGAUCCCAAGAACCCCAAAAACACCAAUGAUUCUUGCAUUCUGUCGUAAGAGCUGCAGAACUGUUGUGGUACGAAAGGUCAAAUGUGAUCUCACUCUGUCUGCCCUCUUGAUAAUAUAAUAUAUGCAAUUUAGCUUUUAUUCAAAGCAACUUAGUCAUGCGUGCAUACCUUUUUUUACAUCUUGAAAAAGGGUUAAAAAAAAAAAU